GGCUCAAGCUAGCAACCUAAGCGAAAGUGCUCUCGAUUCCUCUUGGUUCAAGUUUUGUGUCAUGGCUCCAAUGAAGGCGAUGAAGGCUAUGAAGGCUAUGAAGGCCAUGGCGGCGAUGAAAGUCAUGACAAAGGGAGCUCUUACCGGCGAUUUGGCUGAUGCUGCUGGCCUGAAGAAGGGUGACGUCAGCAAGGUGUUGGAAGCAUUGGCUGAGAUUGGCACCAGGGAGGUCAAAAAGAACGGGAAAUUUGUCGUGCAGGGCCUUUGCAUGAUCAAGACUCGUCUCAAGAAGGCCACCAAGGCCGGCAAGAAGAUGAUGUUUGGAAAGGAGGUGAAGGUCAAGGCGAAGCCUGCGAAGACCGUCGUGAAGGCAUUCCCUGUUGCAGCUCUGAAGCAAGCUAUUUGAGGCAGCCGAAAUACAGUAAUUCGACUGUCAAUGACUGGCUGCAGCUUGCGAGUUGCAGAACCAGAUUUUGGAGACUGGCAUGGUCUCAUGUAUAUUUCAUCACCACUUUAUGGGUAGAUGCUUGAUCCAUCAAUCAAUCGGGCCGGCCGAAAGGGAUAGCGCCACUGCGAUUCUUUCAGGGCAACAUAACAUGGCUUGAACAGUUUAUUUGCGGAUGCACCCAUUGACAAAUGGCUCAGGGGCUGCUGUCGCCGUGGUGGUCUCGAAACAUGACUUCCGAAAAUCUAGCCGACUCCGAC